AUGUCCGACUUCUUUCGCCGAGCAUCUGACGCGUUUCACAAUCGCCAGCGUCAAGACUCGACCGGCUCCACAGGCGCACCAACCUCUCCAGACGCAGCAAAGUCCCCUGAAGAACCACUCAACGAGCGGAGCGGGUCUGUUCAGUCGGAAUCCCAUGUGAAUGAAGCCUUUGCUGGAACUGCAACCACUGAUACCGCCCAGCCUACUACGAAAAAGCAUUAUCCUUGGGGGUGGAAACGCCACCAGGAAAAUGCGCCCGAGAAGAGAAAGCCAUCUGUCAGUGAUGAGGUGAAAAAGGAUGAUGUUGACUGGGUUAUUGGAUCGUAA